GCUUUGAGCACUUUGAGCCCUUUGAGGGAUGGAAAAGGGAUUCAUUAUCGUUCGCGGGGAUGAUGGAGUUUGUGUUCGGCAUGAAAGAUAUCUGUAGACGGAAAAAUAUAUCAAAAUACAUGCUUUGUAGCAAAGUACAAUUUCUGUCAGUUGUGUCACUUGUGAUAAUUGCGAUACCAUUGCGUUAACAUUCUGAAAUAAAUAAUCAAGGAUAUUGAAAAGCAAAUGAGAAGGUGCUGUAACAUUAAUCGGUAAAAAUGCCAGUCGGGGUAUUUCCAGCCCUUAAAUUGGGCGUACUAUUUGUCAAACAGAUCAGUAAACCUUUAGCCAAAUUUCUUGUCAAUCAAGCAAAGAGUCGUCCUAUUUUCAGAACUUACUUUAUCAUACCACCCGCUCAAUUUUAUCAUUGGGCAGAAGUAAAAGUAAAAAUGUAUGUCAUGAAUCUCGGUAAGCCUACAAAGGUUGCCAAGUUGAACGAAGCAAUGGCAAUCGAAUUGGGUGCUAGUCUAAUGGGCGAGUUGAUUAUCUUCAGUGUAGCUGGAGCAUGUGUGAUAUUGGAGUACAACAGGCAAGUCACAAAAGAGGCAAAGAAAGAGGAAAUCCGUCAGAUGCAAAUACAGAAGUUUACGGAUGAUAUCCAAGCGUUGUAUAAUGUUUCAUUACAACAAGAAGCACAAAUUCAUUAUUUGCAGAGUGCAAUUUAUGAAUUAGCAAAACAUACGAAGUAUAAGUUACCUGAGCUGGUUUCACAACCAAUAAAUAAUAGUAGUAAUAAUCUAGAAGACGACAUGAGGAAGAAUUGUAAUAAAAAUAGCAAAAAUUCAACGGAAGCAAACCCAGAAAGUGAGAACACAUCGUUGAUAGAGCGUGCCAUAGUGUAUUAUAACAAAGAAUUGAAAGGAGACAAGCUUAGUUAAGCAAUAUUUUAUACCUCUCUUCGAAAUGUAUGUGAUACGCACGAUUUGAAAAUAUAGAUGUUUGCCAUUGGUACUGGGUUAAAAUAAUAUUCAUUCGUAACAUUGAGCUGUACAUAACAAACUUUUGUUCUAUAUUGUGUAUUGCAAUCUUUUGGAUUGCGAAACACGUGCUAGACCUAAGCUAAAAUUUAGAUAUACUUUUUCUGUAAAAGUAAAUAUU